AUUUUCUUCAGCCGUUUCCCCUAGCUAGCUCUAGGUUAUGAUCGCCACCCUGCCUGCACUCCUCAGCAUCCCGCCGGCUUACGGAAGUGUUCACGGUGACGAAUACGGCGAGUUUUAAUAAUCACCCAGUCCAUGAUCAUUCGCUGCAUUCGUUUUCCCAACAUCCUCUUCAAGCAUAGCUCUAAGGUCGUCUUUGCUCUGCUCUCGCGAUCUGCACGACACACAUCCCCGUUAUUAGCUUCUCCGUGCUUUUGUUCCGUCGAUUCACUAUUUCCUUUCCAAACUGUAGCGUUCGCGGGCAGUGUGCGACCUAUAUCGCGUAAGAACGUUCCCUCGACUGGAGCUAGGGAAAUCGUCCACGACGCUGAAUCCCCCGCAUUCGUCCCAAGAGCUGAGAAGCCUAGCGGAUUUCGAGAAUCUAGGGCAUUCAGGGAAUCUAGGGAAUCUAGGGAGUCGAAGGAAUCUAGGGAGUCGAAGGAAUCUAGGGAGUCGAAGGAAUCUAGGGAGUCGAAGGAAUCUAGGGAGUCGAAGGAAUCUAGGGAGUCGAAGGAAUCUAGGGAGUCGAAGGAAUCUAGGGGAUACGGGGAAUCUCUGCACGGUGCUGAAACAUCGGCGCGCGCCAUGAUGAGGCGAGGCAGGGGGCCCAACCGCCAGAGACGGGGCGGCCGCGGAAGCGGAAGAGGUGGCGGAAGCGGUGGAGGGGAAGGCGGAAGGGGCGGAGAAGAGGGCGGAAGGGGCGGCGGAGGAGGCGGAAGGGGCGGAGGAGGAAGAAGCGGAAGGGGCGGCGGAGGAGGGGGCGGGGAGCAGCGAUGGUGGGAUCCGGCGUGGCGCGCGCAGCGACUAGCGGCGAUGGGGAAGGAGAGAGGUCCAGCAAAGCAAGUGGACGGCGCAGCAUGGGCGGCACGGUUCCGGAAGCUAGCAGCAGGGGGUGGCGCAGUGGGGAGCGGAGCAGCAGGGGGUGGCGCAGGGGGGAGUGGCGCAUCAGGGAAUGGGGCAGUCGAGAGCGGAUCAAUGGGGAGCGGAGCAGCAGGCGCGCAGCAAGUGGGGAGUCUUCCAGAGGAGAUAGUGAUUCGCGAGAACUACGGGAGGGAGGGGACGGAGCAAUUGCAAGUCUUGGCAGAGCAGGCAGGGCUGUACUUCCAGACGUACGGCAAGGGAACCGGGACAGUUGCAGUGGCCAGCAGAGUCCCGCUGCCGAGCUACCGGGCGGACUUGGAUGACAGACACGGGCGGUCCGAGCGACAGAUCACAGUCUCAUCCGACCUUCAUCAACACGUCUCAAACCUCCUCGCCCCCUCCUCCUCCUUUGCCCCUGGGGCACCCACACCAGCACCACCAGCAGCAUCAGCAGCAGCAGGAGCAGCACCAGGAGCACAGAGAGGGGCCUCGGUUGCUGCAACGCCGUCACAGUUCGCUGCUUCAGCAGCGGCUAAUGCGCUCAGAAUACAGAGCGAGGCGUUGAGAGCCGAGCAGAACAGGCGAAAGUCAUCCCCUGCAGUGCAAGCCAUGAUGGCUCAGAGGCAACGGCUACCUGCCUUCAAGCAGCGGGAGGAGCUGCUGCGAGCUGUGCAACAGAGCCAGGUGCUUGUGGUGUCUGGCGAGACAGGCUGUGGCAAAACCACCCAACUGCCUCAAUUCAUCCUGGAGAGUGAAAUCGACGCGGGGAGAGGCGCGCAGACAAUGAUAAUCUGCACGCAGCCGCGGCGGAUAUCAGCCACCUCAGUCGCGGGGAGAGUGGCGGCGGAGAGAGGGGAGGACGUGGGGGGGAGCGUGGGGUACCAGAUAAGGAUGGAGAGCCGACGAGGGCCCAACACCCGGCUGCUGUUCUGCACCACUGGCGUGCUGCUGAGACGACUGGUCCAAGAACCGGACCUGGCAGGGGUGUCUCACGUGAUGGUGGACGAGAUCCACGAGCGUGGCAUGAACGAAGACUUUCUCCUCAUCAUCCUCAGGGACCUGCUGCCCCGCCGCCCGGACCUCCGCCUCGUGCUCAUGAGUGCCACCAUCAACGCGGAGCUCUUCUCAGAGUACUUCAACAAGGCGCCCAUGGCUCAUAUUCCGGGUUUCACUCAUCCCGUGGAACAACUGUUCCUGGAGCACGUGUUGGAGCGCACUCGCAUCCCCAUCAGGGACCAGGGGCAGCAGGGCAGGGGGUUCUCGAGAGGAGGAGGGGGUGGAGGGCGGGGGAACGGGAGGGGGAGAAGGGAGAGGACGGCAAGUGUGGCCAAGAAAGACCCCGUGUCAGACGCCUGGGAGGAUCUCGACGUAUGGUCGCACUAUUCAGCCUUCAGUCGGCCCACCCAGGAGUCCCUCAACACGUGGUCGCCUGACAAGCUAGACAUUGAUCUAGUGGCGUCAGUGGUAGAGCAUAUCUGCCGCAACGAGGCUGAGGGGGCGGUGCUGGUUUUUCUGACCGGCUGGGACGAGAUUUCGAAGCUCCUGGAGGCGCUCAAGGGUAUGCCUGUCGCUGGGCAGCCGUCGAAAGUUUUGCUGCUGCCCCUGCACGGGUCCAUGCCGACGAUUCACCAGAAGGAGAUUUUCAACCGACCUCCUCCUGGAGUCAGGAAAGUGGUGCUCGCAACCAACAUAGCCGAGACCAGCAUCACCAUCGACGACGUCGUGUAUGUCGUCGACUGUGGAAAGGCCAAGGAAACUUCCUACGACGCCCUCAACAAGCUCGCCUGCCUGCUCCCCUCCUGGGUCUCCAAAGCCUCGGCCCACCAGAGGAGGGGUCGGGCGGGGCGCGUGCAGCCGGGAGUUUGUUUCCACCUCUACCCGAAGGUGGUCUACGAUUCGCUGCUGGAAUUUCAGCUGCCCGAGAUCCUGAGGACGCCGCUCCAGGAGCUGUGUCUGCAGAUCAAGCACCUGGGGCUGGGCCACGUCCAGUCGUUCCUGUCCAAGGCCAUGCAACCACCGGAGCCCCUAGCAGUGCAAAACGCGGUGCAGCUGCUGGAAACCAUCGGUGCCCUCACCCCUGAUGAGCAACUCACCUCCCUCGGGUGUCACCUGGCCGCCCUCCCUGUGGAACCCCGCAUUGGAAAGAUGCUCAUAUUCGGAGCCAUCUUCAACUGCCUGGCUCCCGCUCUCACCAUCGCAGCAUCAUUGGCAUAUCGCGACCCCUUUGUGCUGCCCCUCGACAAGAAGGAGAUGGCGGACGCUGCUAAGAAGGAGUUCGCCAAGGAGUCAAGGAGUGACCACAUAGCUCUGCUGAACGCGUUUGAGGGGUGGAGGGCAGCCAAGAUGCAGAGGCAAGAGCGGGACUACUGCUGGGACAACUUCCUGUCGGCGCCCGUGCUGCAGAUGGUGGCGGACAUGCGAGGGCAGUUCCUGCUGCUGCUCAGCGAUAUCGGCUUCUACGACCCCAGAGUGGGGCUCAAUGAGUACAGCAAGCUCGCCUCGGAUCAAGAGAUGCUCUCAGCAGUCAUCUGUGCCGGCCUCUAUCCCUCGGUGGCUCAGAUUCGUCGCCAGGGCAAGCGGUUUGUCUUUUUCACGAAGGACGACGGACGCGUGGAGAUGCACCCUUCCUCAGUCAAUGCCUUCUGCCCUUCCUUCUCGCGCCCAUGCCUCGUGUACAACGAGAAGGUCAAGACCUCCGAUAUUUUCCUCAGGGAUUCCACUAUGGUCUCUGACUUUGCUCUUCUCAUGUUCGGCGGCAACCUCGAGCCGGCCCCGGCGGGCCGCACGGGCUUUGACAUGUUGGGCGGCUAUCUGCACUUCAGCGCCUCGGCUCAGACGGCUAAACUCGUGCAGGACCUACGGCAGCAGCUGGACUCGCUUCUAAGAGACAAGAUUGAGAACCCAUCCUUGGACGUGCAUGCCCAGGGGGAGAGGGUGGUGGCCGCAGUGCGCAGUCUGCUGUCCUCCCCCCAUGCAGAUUCCCUCCCACCUGCGGAGGGGCGGGGGGGAAGGCACUAAGGUGAGAGAUUGAAGAUGAAUGGAAUGACAACACAAGGGGAGAGGGUGGUUGCAGCAGUGCGCAGUCUGCUGUGCUCCCCCCAUGCUGAUGCGCUCCCACCAGGGGGUCCAGUGGGGGGGGGUGGGGGAGGGCACUAGGAUUAGAAUGUACAUCAUGUAGCACAUUAGAUUCAAGCAGGGGGUGAUGGUAGCAUGCUGAUUCAAGCAUGUGAAGAUGAGUGCACAUGAAGAUGACCCAAUUGGACAUUCAACCAAUGAACAUACAACUACAGCGCAUACAUGAAGGGCCAUCCAAUUCACAGUUCUCAAUUUCCAAUCAAUACACGUCUUUUUG